AUGAAAACCGACGAUGCGAAGGCGAAACUAUAUUCGACGGAGGUGGAAUCUGACUCUUCUGUCUCUAAAAAACCGAAGAUCGAAGAUGAAGACGACACAUGCAUGGAAGACGAAGGCGAUAGCGAUAGCAAUAACCCAUUCUUAUGGAGUACCGACGAAGAAGACGAUGACUCUCCGACAAUCAACUAUUCAAACUUGCAAGAUCCGGAACCGGAGUGGGAUAAGGACAGUUACGAUGGUUACGAAUUGGAAUUCGAUCCUGACGGCCGUGAAGGUUUCUCCAGCGACAAGGCGUACGCAGAGUUCCGCGAGUAUAAAACCAAAGCCUUUGAGAAUAGGGGGUUUUUAGAUGAUCCAUUCAGAUCCAUCUACCCCAUCAGAGAUCUGGACGAUCUCUGGACAACCACGACUAAUAGGCAAUAUUUGACAGAUAUUGCUUCCCUCUGUGUUAAGAAACUCAACGAGGAGAAGGGUAUGUCUGUGGAAGUUGUAAGCAUUGUGAGAGGCAAUCUAAAACCAGGAGGUGGGUGGAAGCUCUACAUCACCUUUAUGGCCCGAGAGUAUCCCAAUGGUCCUCUCGUGGAGUAUCAAGCCAAGGCAUUGGAUUUCGCAGGAGGCAGAAAACCUCCCUUUCCCAUUCUCUGCAGACCAGCCUCUAGCAUAUCCUAA